CCGCUUCGGCCCGUGAGGACCGAGCGGCUGCAGUGGCAGACGUGCUGGGAACUGCAGGCUGCAACCCUGGGGGACGCCCCAAGGGACAAGGGGAGUCAGGAAAGCCUGACUACCCCCUUUCAGGUAGAAAAAGAAACGGCACUCUUUUUCCCAGGGAGGACACGAAAACCCCUCCCGUCUGAAACCGCCUUCGGUUGGCUUGUACAGACACCAACCGGGCAAAGUUGUUUUUGUGUUGCUGUGUUUUUGAUGUUCAUUGUUCUGUUUUUGUUCGUUACGUGGACCUCAUUUGACGGGAUGGGACAGACUAUGACGACCCCCCUCUCUUUGACCUUAGACCACUGGACUGAAGUGAGAGCGAGAGCGCACGAAUUGGCGGUAGAAAUAAAAAAAGGGCGUUGGCAGACUUUUUGCACCUCUGAGUGGCCCUCCCUCAAUGUGGGUUGGCCCCCUGAGGGGACGUUUAAUCUAACUGUUAUCCUCGCGGUGAGGGCUAUUGUUUUCCAGGAGAGACCGGGGUCCCAUCCUGACCAACGACCAUAUAUUACAGUGUGGCAGGAUCUGGUGCAGAACCCACUCCCGUGGGUUAAGCCAUGGGUAAAAGCAGAAAAACUAAGCCCCCGAGUCCUGGCGCUGCAGGAUGCGGAGACACGGCAAAAAUCGAAAUGCCCCCCCCCCCCCGGGGUCUACCCUGAGAUUGAGCCUCCUCCCGAAUGGCCCCCUUUCUCGCCUCCUCCUUACCCCUCCCCCGCUCCAGGAUCGCAAUCAGGACGGAGGGCGACUGGCUCGGGUCCCUCUGCUGGAACCCGAAGCCGCCGCGGAGCCACUCCGGACGGGCCUGAUACCACGGUGGCGCUCCCGCUAAGAGAGUAUGGAGCUCCUGCGGGGCCCAACCAGCUGUCACCCCUCCAGUACUGGCCUUUCUCUUCCUCAGACCUGUAUAACUGGAAAAAUAACCAUCCCCCCUUUUCAGAAAACCCCGCCGGAUUAACUGCCCUGAUAGAGUCCCUAAUGUUUUCCCAUCAGCCCACUUGGGAUGAUUGUCAACAGCUCUUACAGGCACUCUUUACCACGGAGGAGAGAGAAAGAAUCACACAGGAAGCAAGAAAGAAUAUCCGAGGCACCAACGGGCAGCCGGCAACGAUAGCGGAAGCGGAAGAAGGGUUUCCGCACAACCGGCCCAAUUGGGACUAUAACACGGCUGAAGGUAGGGAGGCGCUGUCUGUUUAUCGCCGGGCUCUAGUGGCGGGUCUCCGAGGGGCCGCAAGGCGGCCCACCAAUUUGGCUAAGGUAAGAGAGAUCCAGCAGGGGCCCACUGAACCUCCCUCCGUUUUCCUAGAACGAUUGAUGGAGGCUUACCGCAGGUAUACGCCCUUCGACCCAUCCUCGGAAGGGCAAAAGGCCUCUGUCAUUAUGGCCUUUAUUGGACAGUCUGCCCCAGAUAUAAAAAGGAGAUUACAAAGGCUAGAGGGGCUGCAGGACUACGACUUGCGGGACGUGGUAAAGGAGGCUGAAAAGGUGUAUCAUAAAAGAGAGAGUGAGGAGGAAAAGCGAGAGAGAGAGAGAAGGGAGGCUGAAGAGAGGGAAGAUAAGAGAGAUAGGAGACAAGAGAAGAAACUGACCAAAAUACUGGCCGCAGUGCCUUGCCGGUCUCCUUGGAACACCCCUCUCCUGCCUGUAAAAAAGCCUGGAACUGCUGAUUAUAGGCCGGUCCAGGAUUUGAGGGAAGUGAACAAGAGAGUGCAGGACUUACACCCUACUGUGCCAAACCCAUACAGCCUACUCAGCUCCCUCCCCCCAUCACGGAAAUGGUAUACUGUCCUGGACCUGAAAGAUGCAUUCUUCUGUCUGCGGCUGCACCCAAAGAGCCAAUUACUUUUUGCUUUCGAGUGGCGCGACCCUGAUAUGGGGAUCGCUGGACAACUGACUUGGACAAGACUGCCUCAAGGGUUUAAAAACUCCCCCACCCUGUUCGAUGAGGCCCUCCACAGGGAUUUGACUGACAAUAGGGUUAAAAACCCUCAAGUGACUCUUUUACAGUAUGUAGAUGAUCUACUGUUGGCGGCGGAAACCCCGGGAGACUGUGAGGAAGGAACCAAGCGCCUCCUGGCCGAGUUGGGUGAGUUGGGGUACCGGACGUCAAAGAAGAAGGCACAAUUGUGCCAGGAGAAAGUAGUCUACUUAGGCGACACACUAAAAGACGGCCAAAGGUGGUUAACCGACGCCCGGAAAAAGACUGUGACUUAAAUCCCGGCCCCAACCUCCGCUCGCCAGGUAAGGGAAUUCCUGGGGACGGCCGGUUUCUGCCGGUUGUGGAUCCCAGGGUUUGCUACCCUGGCUGCUCCACUGUACCCAUUGACUAAGGAAAGUGGGAACUUUGUCUGGACUCUAGAGCACCAGAAGGCUUUUGAGACUCUAAAACGGGCAUUAUUAGAGGCACCCGCGUUGGCCCUACCAGAUUUGACCAAGCCCUUCACCUUGUAUGUAGAUGAAAGAAAGGGAAUCGCCCGGGGAGUCCUAACUCAAGCCCUUGGGCCCUGGAAGCGCCCAGUCGCAUAUCUAUCAAAAAAACUGGAUCUGGUAGCCAGUGGAUGGCCUUCCUGCUUAAGGGCGAUUGCCGCCACUGCCCAGCUGGUAAAAGAUGCAGAUAAGCUAACUCUGGGCCAACAGAUAACCAUAGUAGCCCCCCAUGCCUUGGAGAGCAUUAUCAGACAGCCUCCAGAUCGAUGGAUGACUAACGCCCGGAUGACUCACUACCAAAGUCUGCUCCUAACUGAGAGAAUUACCUUCGCCCCACCGGCCAUCUUAAACCCGGCCACACUACUGCCCGAAGCAGAUGAUGAAGUACCUGUUCACCAAUGCGGCGACAUCUUAGCAUCAGAAACGGGGACCCGACCCGAUCUGCCAGAUGAGCCAUGGGCUGGAGCCCCUAAUUGGUACACCGACGGCAGCAGCUUCAUGGCAGAAGGUAAGAGGAUGGCUGGGGCGGCUGUGGUAGACGGGAAAAAGACUCUGUGGGCAAGCCGCUUGCCGGAAGGGACUUCUGCACAAAAGGCUGAGCUUAUCGCCCUGACACAGGCGUUAAGGUUAGCUGAAAAUAAGACUGUGAAUAUAUACACGGACAGCAGGUAUGCCUUUGCUACUGCCCAUGUUCAUGGGGCUAUUUAUAAACAAAGAGGGCUGCUUACCUCGGCCGGAAAAGAUAUCAAAAAUAAAAAAGAGAUUCUGGGCCUCCUAGAGGCUAUACAUUUGCCUAAAAAGGUGGCAAUCAUCCAUUGCCCAGGUCAUCAGAAAGGCACCGACCCCAUAGCUCAAGGGAACCGCUUAGCAGAUUUGGAAGCCAAGCGGGCGGCACUAGGACCUAUGGUCCUGACUCUCCAGGGAGCUAAGGUCAGCAAAGCUGCCUCCGGUGGGGAACUAACUAAAGAAGAGAAAGUCCUUUCCGUUGCAGAAGGGCGAGAAUAUCUAUCACAUCUACACCGGCUAACCCACUUGAGCCCUCAGAAACUAAUUAAAAUUAUUGAGGCCUCCCCGUACCAGGUACCAGAUUUGAGAAAGGCGGCUGAGGAAAUUUAUAAGGAUUGUAGAGCUUGCGCUCUCACAAAUGCUGCAGUUACCAAAUACCGCACUGGACAUAGACUCCGGGGAGAUAGGCCCGGAACUUUUUGGGAGAUAGACUUUACUGAAAUCAAACCGGCCCGGUAUGGAAAUAAAUAUCUUCUAGUAUUUGUAGAUACCUUCUCGGGAUGGGUAGAGGCUUUCCCCACCCGAAAAGAGACUGCCUCUGUAGUAGCCAAGAAGAUAUUGGAAGAAAUCCUCCCGAGAUUCGGGAUCCCAAAGGUAAUUGGAUCUGACAACGGUCCUGCAUUCGUUGCCCAGGUAAGUCAGGGACUGGCCAGUCAACUGGGGAUCAAUUGGAAAUUACAUUGUGCUUAUAGACCCCAGAGCUCAGGCCAGGUAGAAAGGAUGAAUAGAACAAUUAAAGAGACCCUAACUAAAUUGUCCAUAGAGACCGGCGAUAGUGACUGGACAGCCCUCCUGCCCUUUGCCCUGUUCCGCGUCCGGAACACCCCACAGGGACCCUUAAAACUUACACCCUUUGAGAUCCUCUAUGGAACCCCUCCCCCUUUGGCACAAAUAGGGAUACAUGACCCUGACAUUGUACCUUCUAUACCUUUGUCAGCCCGCUUGAAAGCACUCGAGGCUGUCAGGCGCGACAUCUGGAACCAGCUAAAAGAGGCUUACCAGCCUGGUGAUCUGCUCAUCUCGCACCAAUUCCAGGUUGGGGACUCUGUCCUUGUGAAACGACAUCGGACGGGGUCAUUAGAGCCACGUUGGAAGGGGCCCUACGUGGUGCUCCUCACUACACCCACAGCAGUCAAGGUGGACGGUAUAACUUCCUGGGUUCACGCUACACACGUAAAGAAGGCACCCCAGAAUGCAGCAGAUCUCUGGAAGGUGGAAAAGACUGAUAACCCUCUUAAGCUGCGUUUGCGUCAUGGGAACGGCAAGCAGGUCGUCCAAUCCUAAUCCCCACGCUCCUCAACUGCUCACGUGGCAAGUCGUCUCCCAGGUAGGAGAUAUAACCUGGUCAAUCCAAAAAACUGCUUCCCCUUGGACAUGGUGGCCAGACUUACACCCUGACCUUUGUAAACUGGCUAUAGGAACCCCCGACUGGGAUUUCAUGGGUCGACGAGGGGGGGCAAAACAAGCCAGAGGAUGCCACUCCCCCCAUCGCAAGGGUAAACUAAAGGCAU